UAAUUUUUUCUCUUCGUCUCGAUCCCUUCUGCACAAACCCCAAACCGAACGCCAGUAAAUAGAAAAGAAAACUACAACUCGACAGAGAUCGAGAAGAAAGAUCUUAUCGAUGAUUUCUCAACUGGUUACACUUUCUCUUUCACUGCCGUAAAUCCACAGCUAUUCGUUUCACCUCAGGAAUUUACAAAAACAAGCGGGUUGAUUUGGUAUCUGUAUAGGGAGUUUGAUGGAGGAGGGAGAGCCCUAUUUCGGGAUGGCUGAUGCAGCAGCUCUUAUUGAAGUUUCAGGAUCCAGGUUUAGUGAUCUAGAGCUCAUUGGAAGAGGGUCAUUUGGGGAUGUAUAUAAAGGUUAUGACAAGGAGCUCAAAAAAGAAGUUGCCAUUAAGGUUAUUGAUUUAGACGAAUCAGAGGAUGAGAUCGAGGACAUUCAGAAGGAAAUAGCUGUUCUGCAACAAUGUCGAUCCCCGUAUAUUACAGAGUAUUAUGGAUCAUACCUCCAAAGCACUAAGCUAUGGAUAAUCAUGGAGUAUAUGGCUGGUGGCUCUGUUGCUGAUCUAAUUCAGCCAAAUCUACCAUUGGAUGAAAUAUCCAUAGCUUGUAUUUUACGUGAUUUGCUCCAUGCUAUUGAUUACCUACACAGUGAAGGCAAGAUUCAUAGAGAUAUUAAAGCGGCAAAUAUUCUGUUGUCGAAGAAUGGUGAUGUGAAGGUUGCAGAUUUUGGUGUUUCUGCACAAUUGACAAAGACAAUUUCUAGGCGGAAGACAUUUGUAGGGACACCAUUCUGGAUGGCACCAGAAGUAAUUCAGAAUUCUGAUGGAUAUAAUGAGAAGGCAGAUAUUUGGUCUCUAGGUAUAACUGUUAUUGAGAUGGCAAAAGGGGAACCUCCACUGGCUGAUCUCCACCCAAUGAGAGUUCUUUUCAUCAUACCUAGGGAAACUCCACCACAGCUAGAAGACCACUUUUCUCGUCCUUUGAAAGAAUUUGUUUCAUCAUGUUUGAAGAAAAUUCCUGCUGAGAGACCAAGUGCAAAGGAACUUUUAAAGCAUCGCUUUAUAAAAAAUGCCAGGAAGAGCCCAAGGCUUUUGGAGAGAAUCAGGGAACGCCCUAAAUUCCAACUAAAGGAUGAUGUAGAAACUCCUAGGAAUGGUAUAAAACCAUUGGGUGAAGUAUCUGGCACUGUAAAGGCGACAAGUUCUGGAGUUGAGGAUGCUGUUCGAGUCAGUGGUGAAGGGAAAACAUUUAAAAGUGCUGGCUGGGACUUUAGUCUUGGAGGAUCAUCUGGUACAGGAACAGUACGAAGUGUUGUAAAUCCAACUAAGGCUAGGGAUUGGAAACCCGAGAUUUCAUCAAAUCAAGCCCCCUCGAGAAAAAACACUGAUGGGGCUAACCAAGGGUCUUUUUCUGGAACUGUCCGGUCUUCUUCUUCUGGAACUGUCCUUUAUAAGUCAUCCGAGGUUUUUAGCAAUAAAGACCAUGAAAAUGCUUGCAUUGAUCAGAAACAAGAUUCUUUCCAUAAAGAUGAAGAAUUCUCAGCAAGUGGGACAGGAACAGUUGUUGUUAGAUCUCCAACAAGAGUAGUUCAGUCUUCUUUAGCCAGUGACCGAAGUUCAAUGUCUAGCAGUUAUGCUUCAUUCGAUGAUGCUUCAACAAGUGGCACUAUUGUUUACCGUGGGCGAAAUGAUGAGCCAGAUUCUCCUCAAAGUCCUAGAUCCUGGUCGGGAAUUCCAGACAGAUCCUCAAGUGCAUCCUUUGAAGAUAGCGAAACAAACCUCUCAGAGGCCAAGGCUUCCAUUCAAGCAGCGCUAAAGAAAGGAAAUGUUCGAGAAAGAGCAAUGAUGGGCAAGACCAACAGAAAUGGGCAUGAAAAUAGAAGCACAGGCCCAUCAACAGCAAGCUCUGAUUCUUCAAGAAAUUCCCGUGAUUACUUUGAAGCACAAAAAGCAUUUUCAAAAUCACCUCAUACUAGAGAUGAUGCUGCUGCUAGAAUAGCCCCACCACCAUCUUUAUCGAUUCUUCUCAUCCCAUCAAUAAAGGAGGCUGUUGCUGGGGAAGUCGAAGGACCAUUUGUGCAGAAUAUGGCAAAUUCUUUUCUGGAAAUGGAGCGCAUGAAGCCUGGGUCUUGUGAUCUUUUUGUCACCAGAUUACUCCAGCGAUUGGCGAGUUCCAAAGAAUCUUCUUUGAAAGAUCUGCAAGAUUUGGCUACUCGCAAAUUCACAAAGGGCAGGAUGGAAACCGAUAAUGCAACCACUGAAGCUGAUAGCAAGAAAAAGCAGCAGAGCAAAGAGCUUCAAUCAAAUUCCAACAUGACCCCACUAGCCAGGUUCUUGCUCUCAAGAUGGCAAGGGCAUGCUUCCCGGGAUUUAAAUUCUUAAUAUGGAGGUUUGAUUCGUUUACAUUCUUGUUUUCUGAUUUUGCUGCUUCUGAGUUUAUCAUGAUUCAAUGUACAUAACAUUCCUAUUCUAAGGAAACCAUGUAAAUUAUAUUUACCCAUGCAAUUUUUUUCUUU